AGCCAACUCAAGUCAAUGCUUAUAAUCUCUGCCAUCAUAUAGAAAUAUUCGUUAUUAUUACCAUGCGGCAUUAUUUCUCCCUUCCUUCUUUUUCUCUUCCCUCUUUCCCAUUCUCUAUCCCCGCUAGCCCCGUCCCGCCCACUGGCUUACUAAAGCAAUCAGGUGAUACGACUCAGGGUCUCGUCCCUCGUAAUCCUUCGUCACACGCGCCACGAAACCAGGACAAUCAUCUAUUCAAACACAUUCAUUUGCCUGCCGCGACCAUGAUGCACACGGUUAUAAUGAAUCAGCGGGGGCUCCAAAUGCCAUUGCUUGACCAUAUCCGUAUAUGGAAUGAACACACUAAAGAUUGGCAGGACCGAUGCGAGUACUGGGAUGGAUAUUCUACAUCUGAUAUAUCCCAUCCAGGAGUUCUGUCGAGAUUUGAUUGGAUAAAAUUUAACACAAUCCGACUCGAAAUUCCUAUCUUACCACCAGACGAAUUUUUCAAAACCGCUAUAGCAAUUGCCAAAGAUGCUAAAAGCAGAGAAGAAUAUAAACGGAUGUUUGAAGAAAAAAACGCGUUGCUCCGAAGAGAGUUAGAAAAAAUGGCCCAUGUUAGCUGCAUGGACCUUAUGCGGUAUCGAAAAUUCGAUGUACAAGAUAGCCAAUCUGACCUUGCCGGUGAAUUUAUCGAUGAACAAACCAACGGGAUCCCUAACAACUAUCUGGGCAUUGAUAAAACACAGUAUCUCAUUCAUCAUCAUUACGAUGGACCAAUGGGACCUGAAGAUUGGCUGAAAGAUAAUGGUUUUCUUCCUGCGUCAGAGCAAAGAAGCCAAUUCCAAAGGAAGCGUAAGGAGAUGAAUGAUAAUUAUGAUGAUGAAAGGGGAUCCAAACGCCAAAGGACACAGAGUCCUACCGCAGAUUCUUCAUCACCUCUUGCUUCAUCUUCUUUCGCUGAAAAUGUGCAAGAAGAAAGGGCAGCCAAUGGAUCCAAACGCAAAAGGACAGAGAGUCCUGCUGCAGAUUCUUCAUUACCUCAUACUUCAUCUUCUUAUACUAAAAAUGAUCAAGAAGAAAGGGCAGCCAAUGGAUCUAAACGCCAAAGGCUAGAGAGCCAUCGUACAGAUCCUUCAUUAUCUCAUGCUUCGUUUUCUAAAAAUGAUCAAAAAGAAAGGGCAGUCAAUGGAUUCAAACAACAAAGACCAGAGAGUCCUAUCGCAGAUUCUUCAUCAUCUCAUACUUCCUCUUUUACUAAACUUGAUCGCAAGGAAAGGGCAGCUAAGAGGCCCAAAAGGCCGAAAAGUCAGACAGGGUCUUCCAACACCAGAGCUCCACGAAGGAGUAAGCGGAUCCAAUCAUUGGAAUCCAAACGAACUACAUAAAUAGGGAUAAAUGAUUUGAUUUGGGUUUGGUUAUUGGUCUGUCUUAAGAGCAUGGUCGUUAUCCUGGCAGGGCUGGGUGCAGCGGCGUAGUUCAAGAGGCAGAUAACCUAGGCUACUGAGCGCUUCUCACGAGCAUGGUCGUUAUCCCGGCAGGGCUGGGUGCAGCGGCGUAGUUCAAGAGCAUGGUCGUUAUCCUGGCAGGGCUGGG